AUGGCGAAGAGCAACGUUCCUACGUUCAAGACUCUUAAGGAGUGCUUGGAAUUCCUGCAGUGGUUACAUACUGACAAGGGCAUGCAAUAUCGAGUGACCCGUAGACUGGUAAGGCUCUUGGAAAAAAAGUAUAUAACUUAUAAUACAAAAGAUGUUGAAUCUGCGCUGUCUACGUUCCUUCGAAGCGUGUCCACAUUUCAUGAAAAAUUAUGCAACAGGGCAGGGCAAGGCAACUAUAACCUGGGCAAAGCCACACAUGCCCUCUAUGCUCUGCUGCAGUGCAUUCCGAAGUUCUUGUCAGUCAUGUAUUUUAUGAGAUACCAAGUGGACGAAAAGUUCGGUGCGGUGGGUGGCGGAGGGUGGAAAAAUGAUUGGACUGGGUGGGGUGCACUUGGUCCAAAUUUCGAAUCUAGAGGAGGCGAAUUGGAUAAGUAUCUCUAUGAGCGUGCUGGGGAGGCAUACGGUGUCAUCCCCGGAGGGUUCGACAAAGGUGGUAAAGAGGUGAAAUACCGGGGUGGCUAUUUCCAGGGUAGAGAUAUGGCAUCCGACCUUAUAAAUAUAUGUGAUAAAAAAAUAGGCCAACUCUUCCGCGACGUGUUCGUGACCUCGGUAUUGUCUAAAACUUCUGGUGUUGAUGUCUCGAACGUUGCCAAUGCUCUUCGUGUGGUGCGAGAUUUUUGUGGGAUAUUUGAAGACUCAACGAAUGAGGAAGAAUUUAAAAGUCAUGUGCAAUCCAGAGAUAAAUGCAUAAAUUGGAAUGAAUUAAAAAAACACUGUUUAACGUUGAAAGAAAAAAUCAGUAAGCUUUUCACCGAUAAUCGCUUUUCCUUCACAGGUUAUGGGCGGAAAUAUGAAUUUUUCGACAAAUCCAUUGAUAAAAGGAUGGCGAGUUGGCUAAAAAAAAAUUUGUCCGGAAUGAAGAAUAAUUUGGAGAAAAUAAAGCCCUUUAGCGGCGUUAUAAGAUUUAAUAGUAGGACUUUUCAGAAAGGUAAGCCCCUGCCUCCGGGGUAUACCGAAGCUUUUAAAAUGUAUUUUACCGACAACUUUUUCCGAUAUGGAUUCACAUUCUUUGGAAACACGUAUGACACCAGAAACGCUCCAUAUGACGUUUUGCAAACGGAUUGGGAUAGUGUUAUCGGUGACCUUAGGAAGGAUAACGGCGACCUGGAUGAAUUAAAAAAAAUAUUGGAUGGUACGCCGUGUCCAAUAAAAGAAAAACGAAAAGAUAAGGAAUCCGAGUCUGGGCCCAAGCCUAUGACUGGGCCUGAACCUGAACCCGAACCGGAACCUGAGCCUGGGUUUGAGUCUGAGUCUGAGUCUGAGUCUGAGUCUGAGUAUUCCGAGGAAGCGAAGUCUCUGAAAAAAAGCAGAGUGGAGGCUCCACCUGCCAAGGUUCCCGAGACCCCAAAGGAAGUAGUGCCAGAGAAGAAAGUAGCAGCUCCCAAAAAGCCGGAAGUGCCACUAGAAAUAAAUUCUGCAGGUAAUCAAAAUCAGGGCAAGAAAGCGGAGAGUGCACAGAACCAGGGCAAGAAAGCGGAGGGAAAUCAAAAUCAAGGAAAUGAUCACAGUGUAGCAAAUACUUCUAUUUCACCGGUUUCACAGGCGGUACGAACUCAGAGUUCAAGUGUUCAAAGUCCAGACUCCGGGUCACCUGGUGCUACUGGUCCCAGUAGUGGUCCGGGCCCGGGUGGGCAGGCGGAUGUUUCUGACGCUGGUCAACCAGGUGUCCAAAAGGCUCAGGCAAAUGGAGACGCCAAUGGUACGGCGUCCAAUACUCCAGGUGCUGGUUCAGUUGGCGAUGUAGGUAACGGAGGAAGUGGUGGCCCCGGUCAUCAGGGUGAAAACCCUCAAGUUCCUGUUGACAAUUGUCCAAGCUCCAAGGGGUUCAUGAAGAUUAAACUUUGGCGUGAUGGCGGUACGUACUGUGUACGCCAAGCUGAUUAUAAUGAACAAGAAAAACGCAAUAAGAAGUGGGACGAACAACAACGGGAAUACGACAAACGAAUGGAACAAAUAAGGAUAGAGGAGCAAGAGGCACAACAAAAGCAAGAAGUAAAUCAAGGUAGGAAGGACGCGAGAGCUUAUCGCAAGGAAGUAGUAAACGAUCAGCGGGAAACACUCGAAUCGAUGGAACGAAAGCCUCAGCAAAUACAUGAUCAAUAUCCGAGUGAAUUGCGUCAAAUGCAACAAGAGCAAUUGUUGGCCCUAGAAGGCUCUGUGAUCACUAACACAAAACCGAGAGCACAUAUGGAUGUAGACAAAGUGUAUCGCCACACAUUAAGUGAUGUUGACGGCAGAAUGAUAUCUGAUACUGACCGUGCAGUAGUCGCUUUCUACGGUGACGAAUUUGGGCGGGGUGAGAUUCCACCGGUCGAAGCAGUUCCAUCUACGAAGUCACAUGUGUCUGAUGUGAUAGGAAUGCCUACAGCCUCGAUCGCCGUUCCUGCUCCACCUGUUAGUUACCAUCCCAGUCGUGAGAAUAGGUUGGGUAUGAUUCCACCGGUCGAAGCAGUUCCAUCUACGAAGUCACAUGUGUCUGAUGUGAUAGGAAUGCCUACAGCCUCGAUCGCCGUUCCUGCUCCACCUGUUAGUUACCAUCCCAGUCGUGAGAAUAGGUUGGGUAUGAUUCCACCGGUCGAAGCAGUUCCAUCUACGAAGUCACAUGUGUCUGAUGUGAUAGGAAUGCCUACAGCCUCGAUCGUCGUUCCUGCUCCACCUGUUAGCUACCAUCCCAGUCGUGAGAAUAGGUUGGGUAUGAUUCCACCGGUCGAAGCAGUUCCAUCUACGAAGUCACAUGUGUCUGAUGUGAUAGGAAUGCCUACAGCCUCGAUCGCCGUUCCUGCUCCACCUGUUAGUUACCAUCCCAGUCGUGAGAAUAGGUUGGGUAUGAUUCCACCGGUCGAAGCAGUUCCAUCUACGAAGUCACAUGUGUCUGAUGUGAUAGGAAUGCCUACAGCCUCGAUCGUCGUUCCUGCUCCACCUGUUAGCUACCAUCCCAGUCGUGAGAAUAGGUUGGGUAUGAUUCCACCGGUCGAAGCAGUUCAAUCUACGAAGUCACAUGUGUCUGAUGUGAUAGGAAUGCCUACAGCCUCGAUCGCCGUUCCUGCUCCACCUGUUAGUUACCAUCCCAGUCGUGAGAAUAGGUUGGGUAUGAUUCCACCUCCUGUAGAAGAGAAUCCGUCGACAAACGAUCAACGAGAUUCUACGUUGAAGCCUGACGAUAUAUCUGUUGGUGGAAGUGUAAUACCUAUGAUGCCGUUCCCAGGCGUGUAUAACAUUGAGUUGAGCUUACCACAGAAACCUAAAGUUCAGGUUAUUCCUAACCCUAAGCAACGUUCUCCAUUGCCACCUAUCGCGCUUUCCGAAUAUUCUGGUCACCAUUACUAUAUUCCAUCUAAAUACCCAUUCAUAGCAACCGUUGACGACCAAACAGUUGAGAAAAUGUUGAAUGUAACCGGUACCUCAAAUAAACUGCAGACGGCUCAAAUUGUCGGUGAUAGUAACGUAGCGACGUUGUCGACACCGGAACUCACAGGCAACAUUAUUUCUGCUUUCAAACAAGAUCCUCGCACGUCACGUUUUCCACCAACUUCGAAACCUUAUGGAGAUGAUGAUGAUGCUUCGGUAGAAUACGCAUCAGCCGUUACAUUUAACGACAAUAUCAUGAAAACAAUGGCUGGUGUAGCCGGUCACCCGGUUGUUGGUACUAACGGGCAAGUGGAUAUAUCCCAGAUUCCGACUGCCAUUUCGCUAGACGCCGGAGACAUACACCAUCUGGAAGGACAAGAAAUAGAGGAUAGUUUCACAAUGAAGCGCCAAGAGCAGGAUCUCCUAAAUUUUCAAAAUGAGGAGCUGAAACAAGGUUCGCAAAAUGCACAACGUGAACGUGAAUUGUUAGCGCUUAAACAAGAAUCAGAUCACAUAAACGAAGAACAAAAAAAAUUAAUGCAAGCUGCACAAGUAGACGCUGAUCGCAUACGUGCGUUCAAGGAUUCACAGUUUGACAUUUCUAGUGCCCCUCUACGUGUUGAUGAAAUGCAAUUUGACAUCCAAAUAGACGUCCCAAAACGUCCACUACAGGAUUCGUCAUAUGACAUAGACCUAGAUGACCCUUAUGCCAACACGGCGGAUAUCCUUAAAGACGAGUUAAAACCUUCAGACGACGAAGGCUUCUCAGGCCUGCCUAACACUAAUUUCGAUCUGAACUUUGCGCCGGAACGUAUCGGGCUUGACGGCUAUGAAGAUCCCGGGAUGCCUAGUGACUCUCCACGGAAGGCAAGUGAACGUGUAAUUAACCCAUUUAGCACAGAUGAAUGUCUUAACCCCUGGUCCGUUGACACUUCCACUUCCUCCACCGAUACAAUUCAACCACCUACCUCCCCUCCCCCAGCCUCCGACCAUCUGCCCCCGCCUCGAACCGUCCGGGAAAUGCUCUACUGGUUCGUGGGAUUGAAUACAUAUGGAUAUAUUGGUAUUAUUACGCAGCAUAUCAAGAGCAUUCUGAAGCGUUUUAAAAAUGAUGCCAUCGAGGUCACCCUGGAACCUUACACCCUAGAUGCUUCCCAUGUCGCCGACAAACUGACCGAGGCGUGUCUCUACUCUGCCACCGUUAUCUACAAAAUAAAACAUACAAACGUUUCAGAUGCUUUUAAAGACUUUUUCAAGGACAAGGAAAAAUAUGCUUAUUACUAUUCCCCCGACCCCGCCUGUCUCCUCUGCCAGCUGCGUGACUACGUCUACGCCUGCCACCACCAAUUGCAGUUCCUCAAGGCGCAGUGUAAGCGGGACAAACUAAGUGGUGGUUGGCAAGAUUGUAAGUACGGCAGUGACAUCAAGACGCCAUCUCCCCUCCAGGCGUUCCUGACUGAUGACUGGGACUCUAAGUUCAAAACUCACCCCUUCGACCCGUGCAACCUGUGCCUAAAGAGCAGAGUCAGGAUGGGAUUUAAGAAGGACGAUUUGCCUAAAAUAUCGCAACAGGGAAGUGUCCUUUCCAAUAUACUCACUCCCAGCUGCGGCGGUGAGGGCGACGGGGACGAUGAUGUAAGGGGCGGGGAGUGUUAUAGUCACCUCGCUGCCCAUUUGAUUGAUCAUCAGUGCAAUCAUCACUUUGUCUACAACAUUAGAUGUCAGUUGCCAGUUGGGUUAUUGCGAUCAGCUGCGCAGUAG